AUGCAAGAGAGAUUCCGUCCUGCUAUCAAGUAUUUUGGAGAUAUAAUAAGUGUGGGCCAGCGAUUGUUACAAGGUGCACGCAUUUUAGGAAUUCCUGUUAUUGUCACAGAACAGUACCCUAAAGGGCUUGGAAGCACAGUACAAGAACUUGAUCUAACUGGUGUGAAACUUGUAGUCCCAAAAACAAAGUUCUCUAUGGUCUUGCCAGAAGUUGAGGCAGCAUUGGCUGAGAUACCUGGAGUUCGUAGUGUUGUAUUAUUUGGUGUUGAGACACAUGUUUGUAUUCAGCAAACCGCAUUGGACCUAAUUGGACGAGGAGUAGAAGUUCACAUUGUAGCAGAUGCUUCGUCUUCACGAAGCAUGAUGGAUAGGAUGUUUGCCUUGGAGCGCCUGGCAAGAAAUGGAAUUAUAAUCACCACAAGCGAAGCUGUACUUCUGCAGCUGGUAGCGGAUAAGGACCAUCCUAAAUUUAAGGAAAUCCAAAACCUUAUCAAAGCAAGUGCCCCCGAGUCAGGACUACUCUCUAAAGUGUAA